GACAAGGUAGUAAGCGUAAGAAAAGACACAAGCAAAAAAGUAGUAACUUGAGGAAUUAUAGUAUUGGCAGUGGAGAAGGAGGAAGAAGAAAGAAAAGCCCAUUACCUGACCUCCACUUUGUGGGACUGAUUAGUAACGCAUAAUUUUUUUUGAGUAUAGUAAAGUCUAUCGGUUAAGCGUAAUUAUUAGUCGACUAGUAUCAACCAACUAAGAGACUACCGGUUUCGGGCCACACAAUCUACUUCAUUAUUACACUUCAUUAAACGAGAAUCUAAAGGUUAUCAAGAAUAUGAAAAAUAUCUUAUUCGUUUGCUCAUCAAUAAUAACAGUUACUGGCGUCGCCUGUGGUUGGAACCUUGGAAAUGGCUUCCGAUAUCAGUUGACCACCACAGUUCUCUUCGAAGAAGUCGGUCCAAUGAAAUUCAGCGAUGUAGGAUUUCAAGUGACUGGUGAACUUAUAGUUAUUCCCUUGUGGAAGGAUCCAAAUGAUGCCAAUACCAUUCUCCUUAAAAUUGAGCUGGACGAUUUUCAUUGCUCUAUGACUUUUGAACAAACACGUACCGUUAAGUUAAAUAAUAUUAACUAUAAUUCAAUAGCAAAACCAAUUUGUUUAAAAGUUAUAACAUUACAAAAAAAAAACGUGUCACAAAUAACAGGUAAAAAUGCAGUGUUUCCCCUGGUUCAUUAAGUGUGACUAUGACAAGGUAGUCAUAGUCAAGGUACAAUUCAUAUAUUGCUUUAAUUACAAUAAUAUAUUUUCGUUGCUAAUGUGCAUGAGCGCCAUUUUUUCUUUUCUCAUUAAGGGGAUAUUCUAUUUUAGAAAUUUGAAAAAGAUUGCAUUUUUUAUUUGCAUUUUCUUAAAGUAUAGGGCCUUGAAAACGUAUUUGUAAAAUUUAUACCGGAAUUUGAAAUAAGCAGCAUGCGGUAGAAUAAAAACUCAAUGAGUUUCGGCUAUUUCACUCUCUCUUUCUCCGCAAUAGAGAUUUUUUUGUAGUGCUAAGUCACUAGUUUUCCGCAGCAUAUAAAUCGUUAAGUAAUUUUCUUUUAAUAAAUUCCCCAAAAAACCUAUACUUUUGGGGUCUUUACCUUGGUAUCUCUCCUUAAGUGAUAUUUGUAACUUGAACAAAUCUAGUUGAUAUUUGUCAUAGUCUGGGUCGUUAACAAAUCUAAUCGGCCUUCUAACACAUCUCAGUAGAUACACACCACUUAUGGGAGUCACAACAAACCCCCACCAC